AAUUGGGGAUUUAAGUCAUACACAGAACUCCAAAUCUGCUAUUCUAGAGGAAGAACGACCUGAAAACCACAAAAGAGUAUCUCUGAAGCAGAGAGGUUUUGAUUGUACUCUUCAUCUUAAGAGAAAGAGAGCCUCCAAGUUAUUGAAGAUGACAGAAGCAUUCAUCAGGAAGAAACCAGGAAUGGUAAGUGUGAAGGAAAUGCCGAUACUUCAAGAUGGGCCACCACCAGGUGGUUUCGCUCCUGUUCGAUAUGCUCGUAGAAUUCCCACUAAAGGACCUAGUGCUGUUGCCAUUUUCCUAGCAACCUUUACUGCUUUCUCUUGGGGUAUGUAUGAGGUCGGCAAGGGUAACAAGAUCAGAAGGGCACUCAAGGAAGAGAAAUAUGCUGCCCGAAGAGCGAUUCUCCCUAUGCUUCAAGCCGAGGAGGAUGAAAGAUUUGCCAGCGAAUGGAAAAAAUAUCUAGAGGAAGAGGCGAGAAUCAUGAAGGAUGCUCCAGGCUGGAAGGUCGGUGAAAGCGUUUACCACUCUAAGAGAUGGAUGCCCCCUGCUAGUGGGGAACUCCGUCCUGAUGUCUGGUAAGAGGCUUGCUUGUAUAAAUCUGUGGAGGUGGAUUUCUAUCUGGGUUUAAAGCUGAUGGACAGUUCUCCCAGUUCGGUUUUCGCUGCCCUCCUCCUUGAAUUAUCUGAACCGUGAUAAUAUGUUACCUGAAGUCAAUUUAAAUAGACUGUCUUUGUUUGUUGUAUGGAGUUCAAAGACACGAUAAUAAUAAAACACCUGUGUUACGGAUGCUACUGCAUUUUGAGUUCGUUUUAUUUGUCGAGUUCCUUUAAACGAUAUUGGUUUUUCUCCAAAGAAAGAAAGAAAUGUAAGUCUUGGAUUUUUGAGAUGUUCAUCAAAAUUAUGUGGUGCAUUCUUGUUGCGAA